AACCGCUCCUUUUGCUUAUCCUUGUGGGUAUAGCAGAACGCUUGGAACGCCUGGAGCAAGCGAAGGAACCGCCUGGAGCUCGUGAAAUUUCGCGGGACCAUGUCGCGGUCGGGCUCGAUUCCGCAGGAUGCAAAGACGGGUAGGUGAACGGCGCAGGCAGGGCGCAAGACGACGGCGCCACAUCCUUGAAUACCCGUCGGCAGCGCCGCGCCGGUAUCAAAUACUAGUGUGUAGUAGGUGGCGUUUGUCUUUACACAACUGUAGUUUGGGAGCACGCAUGGCGCCAACAGAUGUUCAACCGCAGGGUUACUAAGAGCAAAUCUUCGCACCGACGCAAGCUGCGCGCUCCCGAUCCUAGCAUAAACGAACAAACCUUAAUUGGACGCUGCUGCAGUGCCGCUGCCGGAGUACGACCCCGAGGUUACGGCCGGUGGUGGCCGUAAAACGCACGGCCCGGGCAGCCAUGCCAUCGCUCCAGUCCUGCACGGAGAUUUGGGGAUGAUGAUUCUGCGCCUGGCGCCCUAACCUAAUCCUGCGACCGAAAUGAUUGCUCGCCCCGCCUCCCCCGGCCAAGAGCGUGCCCCCACCAGACCACCACCGUCUCGCCUGCUGCCGCUGCAGCUUAAAGGCUUCCUCGGCUCCGCUCGCCGCCGCGCGGGGUGGAAGCGGCUUGGUUAAUCCAGCACCGGAAUGACGUGAUCUUCCAUUCCAUUCCAUCAUCCACCCUCAUCACUGCAGGCUGAAGCAGACGGCCUUGAAAAAUCCCACCACCUUCCUCGCUCCCUGCAUCACUCGUUCCUCCCCCCGCCACUCCCGAGUCCCCGCUCCGCUGCCCACUACUCGCGCCACCGACCGGUAGCGGCGCCACAAUGCGGCCGCCUACCCUUCUCCCGCUCGCCGCCGCCGCCCUCCUCGUCCUCCUCCUCCUCGCCGCCGCCCCGACGCCCGCCGCCUCCCGCCACCACCGCCCCGCGCCGGCGGCGGACACGGAGACGCUCGACGUCGCCGCCUCCCUCUCCCGCGCGCGCGCCGCGCUCUCCACCGACGCCGCCGCCUCGCUGCACCAGUCCGCCGCGGCGGCCGGGAAGCCCAAGCGCCGCACCCCGCGGCCGCGGAAGGGCGCCUCCUCCUCCUCCCCGCUCACGCUGCGGCUCCACGCGCGGGACUUCCUGCCGGGGGAGCAGGGCCGGCACGAGAGCUACCGGUCCCUGGUGCUGUCCCGGCUCCGGCGCGACGAGUCCCGCGCCGCGGCGGUGUCGGCGCGCGCGGCGCUGGCCGCGGACGGGGUGACGCGCCUGGACCUGCGCCCCGCCAACGCGUCGGCGGUGUUCGCGGCGUCCGCGGCGGCGAUCCAGGGCCCCGUGGUGUCCGGCGUGGGGCAGGGCAGCGGCGAGUACUUCUCCCGCGUCGGGAUCGGGAGCCCCGCGCGGCAGCUGUACAUGGUGCUGGACACCGGCAGCGACGUCACCUGGGUGCAGUGCCAGCCCUGCGCCGACUGCUACCAGCAGUCGGACCCCGUCUUCGACCCCUCCCUCUCCGCCUCCUACGCCGCCGUCUCCUGCGACUCCCCGCGCUGCCGGGACCUCGACACCGCCGCCUGCCGCAACGCCACGGGCGCAUGCCUCUACGAGGUGGCCUACGGCGACGGCUCCUACACCGUCGGCGACUUCGCCACCGAGACGCUCACGCUGGGGGACUCGCAGCCCGUCAGCAACGUCGCCAUCGGGUGCGGCCACGACAACGAGGGGCUCUUCGUCGGCGCCGCGGGGCUGCUCGCCCUCGGCGGGGGCCCGCUCUCGUUCCCGUCCCAGAUCUCCGCCACCACCUUCUCCUACUGCCUCGUGGACCGCGACUCCCCCGCCGCGUCCACGCUCCAGUUCGGGGACGGCGCCGCCGAGGCCGACACCGUGACGGCCCCGCUCCUCCGCAGCCCGCGCACGAGCACCUUCUACUACGUCGCCAUGACCGGCAUCUCCGUGGGCGGGCAGCCGCUGUCCAUCCCGCCCUCCGCCUUCGCCAUGGACGCCGCGUCGGGGUCGGGCGGCGUCAUCGUCGACUCCGGCACCGCCGUCACGCGGCUCCAGUCCGCGGCCUACGCGGCGCUCCGCGACGCCUUCGCCCGGGGCACGCCGUCGCUGCCCCGCGCGCCCGGGGUGUCGCUGUUCGACACGUGCUACGACCUGUCGGACCGGACCAGCGUGGAGGUGCCCGCCGUGUCGCUGCGGUUCGAGGGCGGCGGCGCGCUGCGGCUGCCGGCGAAGAACUACCUGAUCCCCGUGGACGGCGCCGGGACCUACUGCCUGGCGUUCGCUCCCACGAACGCCGCCGUGUCCAUCAUCGGGAACGUGCAGCAGCAGGGCACCCGCGUCAGCUUCGACACCGCCAAGGGCGCCGUCGGCUUCACGGCCAACAAGUGCUAGCCUGGCAGUGGCAGGGCAGGGCGAGCUUAAUUAGCGGGGCAACCGUCCUCCCUGUUAAUGACUAGCAGUAGUGGAGUGAUUAGUAGAGGAGGUAAUUAAUGUAAUGUUAUUAGUAAGCGGGUCGGUUGUGGGGCCGAGAGGAGAGGAGGAGGGCCCACACGUGGGGUCUGCGCCCUGCCGCUGCCGGUCUGGGGAAACCCGUAAGGCGAAGGCGAGGACAGGUGAUUCCAUGCCAGGCUGUGCGGUGGGGUCCCGUGUUUUUCUCGGUCUUUGAGUAUGGAUGGGGUGCGUGCUUCCUUUGGGGUUGGGGUCGGUGUGCAUGGACGUGCGUGCGUGGAGCCGUGGCAUGACCAACUACCUCUUGCCACGGGUUGCUCCGGUUUAUUUAAUUUCAUCUCAGGUCUAGAAAAUGGAAGUUUCCAUCCCUCGGAAACACACUCAAAGUGACUUGAAUUUCCAGGUGUAUUUUGCGUUGA